AUGCAAUCAACUGAAGAGUUCGUGAGAUUCUUAGGUGAAGGUGAAUUUGGUUCUGUUGAUCUCGUCAAAUACACUAAAAGCGACGAUUCCUCGUAUCAGGUCACCGUCAAAACAUCUGAGGCCAGAAAUUACGACUCUCUCAACAGAGAGUUUCAGAUUCUUUCCGAACUCAAAGGAUAUCCGAACAUCGCUAUAUGCUAUGGAGAAGAUUUGGAAGAAGGUCGCAACGUUAACGGACACAAAGUCUACAAAUUGCUUCUCGAAUACGCAAACGAAGGGAGUUUAAGAUCUUUCAUGGAUAAUUAUACGGACAGAAGGUUACCAGAUCCAAUGAUUAGAGACUUCACUCGUAUGAUUCUCGAAGGAUUGGUCUCGAUUCAUAGUCAUGGUUAUGUUCAUUGUGAUCUCAAAUCCGAUAACCUCCUUAUCUUCUCGUGCAAAGAUUCUUCGUACGAGUUGAAGAUUUCUGAUUUUGGAAACACUAGAGAAGUCGGAGAAGUUCCAAGUCACUGGGAAACUGAUUACCCGUUUGUCGGAACGCCUAUUUACAUGCCACCAGAGUCUCUCCGCGACGGGGCCGCCAAGAAAACCCUAGAUUUGUGGUCGUUAGGGUGCUUAGUGUUGGAGAUGUACACAGGUAAAAAUCCAUGGGCAGGUGUUGGAAUUUUCGAUCUCAUGGACUUUCUCUAUGAUGGUGAAGCUCCAGAGAUCCCUGAGUAUGUGCCUUGUGAUGCAAGGGAGUUUAUUGAAACAUGUUUCGCAAGGAAGCCUAAGAAGAGAGGAAACGCAUCUGCGUUGAUGUUGCAUCGGUUUUUGUGUCCUGAAGAGAAGACGGAGAAGAUUGUUGUAGCCGUCGCUAAAGAGAAAGUUUUGUUGCCGGUGAAGUUGAAGUUGAGAAUCAGACGAGUUUCAAAGAUAACAAUGGAUAUUAUAAAGAAGCCCCUGAAAUUGAAGAUUUUGCCAUCUAAUAAGCCUCCACAGUUUAAGAAACUUUUGAGUAAGCUCUUGAGGUUAAAGACGAUUCAUCCGAAACCUUUGGAUUCUAAUUUAGUAUCUGUUCAUUAG